AUCCGUGGCUUCAAUAACGAUGCAACAGCACGUCUACUGAUUCCAGUUGAAUGGAGCUGGGACGACGAGGAAACACGUACCGGAAUCAAGGAUGGUAACCCGAGGUUUUACAUUGGACCGCACCACUUGCCUGCUUUCCUUUUUGCGCAUUUAAAGAGUAAUCCAGAUGACCGAGAGGAGGGUAUCUUCCGGAGUUCUAUUCUGAUUUCGGUAGGUCUGCCGAAGCUGUCGAAGAUGCUGACAAUCCUGAAUCUGGACGCGCAGAAGGUGUUACAUUUCACACUGAGUGAUUUCGAUUCGUGGAGCAAUGACCUCGACGGGUUUGACUACCGCACCUUUUACAACAGUAUAGUCGACUGGUUUGAGGCUGCCCCGGGUCCUUUGUCAGCUCAGCGCAACACAGAAUUGCUCCAGUGGUGGGACGAGUAA